AUGAACCAUUUGAAGCAGGGAAGAAGAGGGAAUCCAUGCAUGGUGAAAUAUGCAGCCCCUAGGAAAGCAACUGCAGGAGGUGGUGGGAAGCCAAGUUCUCUGAAGGACAACACAGGCUGGAAAGAAAUUACCCGCAAUGCUGUGGAUACUUGUUUAUAUCCAAGGGGACAGCCCAUUGGCAAUGAAACUGUGACUCAUGAAACGAUUGGUUUGUCUCCUGAUCGUGUCUUCAAAGUCGUGCUUCUUGGGAACUCUGGAGUUGGCAAGAGCUCCUUUAUCCAUCGUUUCUGCUACAACAGAUUUAUGGCUAAGAUCAACGCGACCGUUGGCAUUGAUUACCAGGUGAAGAGUUUGAUGGUUGAUAACACACAGGUGCUUUUACAGCUGUGGGAUACAGCUGGGCAGGAGAGGUUCCAGAGCGUCACCAAACAGUAUUUCCGAAGGGUGGAUGGCAUCCUGGUCAUGUAUGACAUUACUGCAGAGUGCUCUUUCGUGGCAGUCCGAAACUGGAUGACAUGUGUCCAGGAUAGGAUUGAAGAUGGUGCCGUGGUAUUUCUGCUAGGAAACAAAAUGGAUGCAUCAGACAAGAAGCCACCAAAUGUGUCCAGGACUGAGGGGGAAAGGCUAGCGAAGGAAUACCAGGCUGUCUUCUAUGAGUGUAGUGCAAUGACUGGCUAUAACAUUCUGGAACCGAUGCUACAUAUGGCCAGAGCGAAACUGUCCACAGACGCUUACAGGCAUGAGAACCAGGGCCUGACAUGUAGCCAAAGGCUGGACGAACUCAUGCGAAGAGCCUUUGCUCCUGCAGGAGGGAGCAUGGCCCGACAGCAGCCUGCCCAGCAAUCCCCAUCCCAGGCAGGAAGUCCGUCGCCUUUCUCUGCUUGCAGUCGAGGCGUCACGACGCCGCUCUGCCGCUAG